UCUUCCGAGAAGGUAUAGCAGUGCUAAUAACGUAACGAACAUGGCCAAGGGCUUGUUACUGGCAGUGGUGGUGGGUUGUUUGUGCAUUUGUGGUCUGUUGGAAGCUGCCCCACAGUUUGGGCAGAUGGUGGAAAUCGGAACGGAGAUCGAUUCCAUCCCGGUUACCACCGAAGAACCGUCUACGACGACGGAUCCGUACGCGAAACUUGCUGCGGCCUACACCUUCAAAACUCCUACGCAGGGCAAGAUCUCGUAUUCGGCCGGUGUGCACCGGUUCGAGAUCGGACCGAACGAGGAUCCGGAAAAGCGUUUGUUGCAGGAGUACCGUGACAAGUUUGAGCUGCGACUGCCAUCGACCACCACCAGAUACCCGAAGGGCCCACCAUGUAUUUACUGUUGAUCAGGAAGAACGGAUAAUGACAGUCAAUGCAAUUUCUAUUGCAAAACGGUAUUCUGUAAAACGCUUGGAAGAAAUAAAAGUUUUAGCCUUGCGAAGCUCUAGCAUCACAACGGAUCUUUGUGGAUGAAUCAUGACAACCAGGGAAUGGUAAUCACACGCUGUCGAACGACCGGGAAUCCCAGGCGAUCCAGUUGGAUUGAUUGUGGCACAACAAACAAGCAGAAGCCAAGUGGAAGGUUAUCGCCAACCAUUUGCAGCUGAUGUCGUUUGCCGUUCGCUUUGCGCGUCGUCGUGGAGCUUCGCAAAUCUCGUGCUCGUGCUCAAUAAGUUGCAAACGAACUCACUAGCACUAGAGUGAUUUGUAGUAAAUCAUUUUAAAUUUGCAAUCACA